GGUGCGGAGCGGAGUGGCUGCCGCCAUGAUCGAACAGCAGAAGCGCAAAGGGCCGGAGUUACCCCUGGUCCCCGUCAAGCGGCAGCGGCAUGACUUGCUGUUGGGAGCGGCGGGGUCGGGCCCCGGAGCGGGGCAGCAGCAGGGGGCUUUGCUGCAAGCGGGCCCUCCCAGGUGCUCCUCCCUUCAAGCCCCAAUCAUGCUGCUCUCAGGACAUGAAGGAGAGGUGUACUGUUGCAAGUUUCAUCCCAGUGGGUCCACCUUGGCGUCGGCAGGAUUUGACCGGCUGAUAUUGCUGUGGAAUGUCUAUGGGGACUGUGAUAACUAUGCCACAUUGAAGGGGCACAGUGGCGCCGUGAUGGAGCUGCAUUACAACACAGACGGCAGUAUGCUCUUCUCGGCAUCCACAGACAAAACCGUAGCUGUGUGGGACAGUGAGACGGGCGAGAGAGUAAAAAGACUGAAGGGGCAUACUUCUUUUGUGAAUUCCUGCUAUCCGGCCAGGAGAGGUCCCCAGCUUGUGUGCACUGGCAGUGACGACGGCACAGUUAAGCUUUGGGACAUCCGUAAGAAAGCAGCCAGCCAGACCUUUCAAAACACUUACCAGGUGUUGGCUGUGACCUUCAAUGACACGAGUGAUCAGAUUAUUUCUGGUGGCAUAGACAAUGAUAUCAAGGUCUGGGACCUGCGCCAAAACAAGCUGACCUAUACCAUGAGAGGCCAUGCCGAUUCCGUGACCGGCCUGAGCUUAAGUUCUGAAGGCUCUUACCUCUUGUCCAAUGCAAUGGACAAUACAGUGAGAGUCUGGGAUGUCCGCCCAUUUGCCCCCAAGGAGAGAUGUGUGAAGAUCUUUCAAGGAAACGUGCACAAUUUUGAAAAGAAUCUCCUGAGAUGCUCAUGGUCACCCGAUGGAAGCAAAAUAGCAGCUGGCUCCGCCGACAGGUUUGUGUAUGUGUGGGAUACCACGAGUAGAAGAAUCCUGUAUAAACUGCCUGGCCACGCUGGCUCCAUCAAUGAAGUGGCUUUCCACCCGGACGAGCCCAUCAUUCUCUCGGCAUCCAGUGACAAGAGGCUGUAUAUGGGAGAGAUUCAAUGAGGGUCCAAAGCAGAAGACUCCCGGGCAGCUUGCUCAUGAGACCGCCGAUGGAACAAGUGGCUUCAAAUGGUGCCCAGGCCGGCAUCCUCCCUGUAGACCAUGGCUCGUAAGAAACAGCGGGAGGGGGCCGCACUCAAUGACCACAUGUGUCUCAUUCCACCAGGGUGGUUAGGCAAGCUCCUCUGGCCUCAAAACCGUGCCGGAUUUUAGGGAUGUUGUUUCUUUCUGUGUUUGUUUGUUUUAAUAAGACUUCUUUAAAUGGGCUGAUAUGGUCUCCAGUCGCCUUUCUACUCCAGACUGAAGACAGGGAAGGUAGCUGAUGUUUGUUAGCUUUUUUGAUUGGGGGUUUGGUUUGGUUUCUUUCAUUCCGUAACAGGCUUGUAUGAUACUUCCUUCCCAUGUUUCUGUGAGUCAUUUUGUAUUAAAAGCCAAAUAGAUGCCUUUUUACAAGUA